CUUUUCAACGAGUACUUGUAUAUUUUUGCUAUCUCGUUGCCGCAGAUAUACAAAAAAGCUAGCAAACGAGGUACUACUUUUAUCUACUGUAGUUUACUAUAAAACAACCGAAAUUCUGAAGACACGUGAGUUGACUUUGGUUGAAACUCUGGACAACGUGAAAUGUCCAUCGAAAAGUUUGAAUCGCGAGGAAGUACUUUCAAACCACCUGAUAUUCUUAGAUAGCUGUGCCAAUAAAUCUUUUAUUUAUCAGCAAGAUCCCAAUAAUAAUUACAAUAACCUAUUAUCUGAGUCCUACCUCGAGAACGAGGACAAUGGGGCCAAUGACGCGAGGUCUGCAUACAAGAUCGCGCGUAAAUUUGACGAAACUUAUUUAGCUCAGAAUAAAAGCCGCAAUAUAUUAUCUAGAGAAGCCAUUUUAUCUGUUAGCUGUAAAAAUCCUUCAGAUAACAUCCAAAGUUCGAGUCCUUUGAGUUCAAGCGGAUUUUCUGAAAAACAUCCUACGGAAAUAAAACGAAGUGAUUCAUUUUUAAAACGUUUAGUUGCGUCAUCGCGUGAAAAUUGGACUGGUUGCGAAAAAUUUAUCAGAACUAUCCACCAAAAGAGCCCGAGUGGUGAAAAAAAAGUAAUAACGCAAAUUAAUAGUAAAUCGACAGAGAAAAAAGAUUAUCCGGUUCCACCGAUAAGAAGAAAACGUAAAAAAAACCAGAGCAGUUGCAAUACCAAUUCAAUAUCGUCAUCAAAUCCGUCACUAUCCAAUGAACAAAAGGAUAAUUCCGUUAGCACAAGGAACGAGGAUACCAUCAGAAACUGUAAUACUGAGGAUGGAUUUCUGUUGAUCAACGCAAGUUACUCUAGUCACAAGGGAGACACGUCUUCACGGGAACAUCUCCAAGAGUUUUCCCUUGGGUUAAAAGACUAUUCGACUAGUCUACUGCAACCUCACCAGUGUAUCAAACUCAUACCCAACAACAAACUACUCCAGCAGGAGAAUUACGAGAGACAGGUAUCAACCUCCCGUAGCAUAUCCACCGAUGAUGUUGACGAUCUGAUAAAAUCAAACGAUAAUUUCAAGUUUAAUUCACUUGAAAAUUCACGCUCUUCGACACUUGACGAAGAUGACUGUCAUAUUUAUUUAUCAUCACUAAAGUCGCUGGAAAAAAACAACCGAAAAGUAAAGUCGGAUUUAGAUUUGAGUUUGAAAUCAAGUGAUGGUCACUUGAAUUCAAACUUAAAAGUUAAACUAAAGAGGUCUCCCUCGCCCGAAGACAACGCGUUCUGUUCUGGGUCAGUUGAAUCUUCUGAUAAUACUCUGAGGUCAUGCGAUAACUCAUUGAACAAGUUACGUUAUUUAAACUGGUCUAAUUCAGCUGCUCUGGGAUCGUCAGUCUCUUCGAGCGACUAUUCAUUUACGAACGUGAGUGACUUUGAUGUUGAGAAGCAAUUGAACAAUAGUAGUACCAGCACGAGCAUAAAAAGAUACUUUAAAAAUAUUGAUGAAAAUUUUUCAGUUGAAAAAGGUCUAAGUGACCGUGGUGAUAAAAAAAGUAAACGUAAAUAUAUUUCAAAUCCACGGUUCAAUAAACAAACUGAAGCGGAACAACGGCAAGCAAUUAAUUCUCAGGAAACUAAAGCUAACUCUGAUGACUAUUGGUCGGGAGAUAACUUUUAUAAAAAAUCAGUCUAUUGUAAUUUGUGUUCUGGUUCUUAUAGUUCUCAGAACGACGAUUGCUCUCGUUGUUGUCGGUCAUUGGUGGGACGAGAAUGUUGCUCGUCUGAAAAUUACGUGGGGCUGGUCAGUGAAAGUGAUUUAACAGUCACUGAAUAUCGUAAUUUACUUUCGGAUGUUUCCCGCGAGAAAAAUGAAAGUCCGAUAGAGGGUAAAACAAAUAAACAAUUAACUGUUAAAAAAUUACAACAAAGACAGUGCGCCAGUCGUCCAACUGUCACUUUGACAGAUCACUGGAAAUAUAAAAGUGCGGGCGGUAAUAAAAUUAAAAAGAAUAGAAUUGAUAGUAAUAACAGUUCAAAUAUGAAGAUUAUUAUUAAGAUGAUGCGAAUACGGGAAAAAAUAAUUUACGGGUUCAGUGCAUUUGCUAUUCUAUUUACGCUAUUACUCGUGAUGGAUUUACAAAUGGACUUGGGGUACAGUGGUCACCAUUUAGUGCCUAGUCAUGGUAGAGUUAGAAUCGGUGAUGAACCUGGCCGUGAUACCGUGUACACAAACUUCCGUCGCAAGUUUCUGCAAAGAGUUAAUGCCAGCAAGGAAUUAACAGCCAGUGACAAUUCUAUUGGUGGCGGUCCGAACUCAAGGGAUAAUACCGCAAAUAAUGCCGGUGCUGUUGUAGGAAGUGCUGGUGCUAGUGCUGCUGCUAGAAGUGUUAUUAAGGAUAAUACGAAAAUAGAACCACCGCAUGAUGACUUUGGUGACCUUGUUGACAUACUAAUUAAUGCGGAUAAUAUUGACUUGGAAACUGGUGUCGUAAGAAUUAGUAAUGAAGAUUACAGUGAUAAUCCCACCAUUGGAGAUAUACGUGAAAUACCAAUUAGAAAGAAUAUGACGACAUUACAAAAAUUUCAUCUACAAAUAUCGAGAUUAGAACUUUAUCCAAAGGAUUCAAAAGUUGUCGAUCAACUUCUUCAUGAAAUGGCGACAAAACCAAUAAUUCAUGUUGCCCAAAAAGAAGGCGGGACGCAGCUGAAAUUAGUGAUUGAUUACCCCGACGAUUUACAAGCAUUAUUUAAGCCAAUGAGAUUUCCACGCGAACAACAAACUUUGCCAAACCAUUUUUAUUUCACGGACUUCGAAAGACAUGUCGCUGAAAUCGCAACAUUUCAUUUGGACAAACUUUUGGGCUUUCGUAGAGCGAUGCCGGUCACGGGGAGAACGUUGAAUAUGACCUCGGAAAUAUAUCAGUUGGCGGAAGGAAAUUUACUCAAGACAUUUUUUGUCAGUCCGGUUGGCAACACGUGUUUCCAUGGGCAAUGCAGUUAUUACUGUGACACUGGUCACGCUAUUUGUGGAAAUCCCAACACAUUGGAAGGAAGUUUCGCGGCAUUUUUGCCGAGCAAAGAAUUGGCCAGUCGCAAAGUCUGGCGACAUCCUUGGAGAAGAAGUUAUCAUAAGCGUAAAAAAGCGCAAUGGGAAACCGAUUCAAAUUACUGUUCAUUGGUAAAAGAAAUACCGCCUUACGAUGAAGGUCGCCGGCUUCUUGACCUGAUGGAUAUGUCGAUCCUGGACUUUCUGUCUGGUAACAUGGACCGUCAUCAUUACGAGACAUUCAAGAUAUUCGGUAAUGACACCUUCACACUACAUCUAGACCACGGCCGUGGGUUCGGACGUCCUUAUCACGACGAAACGUCAAUACUCGCCCCGUUGCUACAGUGCUGUAUGAUAAGACAGAGUACACUAAAGAUAUUACUAAAAUACCACAACAGUCCGCAACGUCUAAGCGCGGCGAUGCGUCAGAGCAUGGCCAAGGAUCCUGUGGCGCCUGUCCUGUGGGAGCCUCACCUGAGUGCACUUGACAGACGGAUAGGUCUCAUUCUACAAGCGGUACGAGAUUGCCUAAACCGGAGCGAGCAUUACGAGCAAGUUAUCCAAGAACUUGAUGAAUCUAAUAAACAAUAACAAUAAUCUUCUUACAUAUAUUAUUAC